UGUAUAGCUGGUGACUCAUUGCCAGACCUGCAGAUCAAGUUAAGGCCUGCUAGUGUAAAGAGUGAAGAUUAGAUGUAUAUUCUCUCUCCAGCAGGAGAAACUGUGUAUAUUAUACCCGGAGUUAACAUCAUUAAAUCAACAAAACUAUCCAAUAAUAUGGAGAAGGGUAUCUCCGGGAAAAUGCAACCUCCGACCGGAGUCGGAAACCGGAAACGACAAAGUUUAACUCUUGAUCUAAACUCUGCAUCUUCAAAAAGAAACAAGUUCCAAAGUUUAUUAACUUCUCCUGAUGUUCAAAUGUUAAAACUAACCUCUCCAGAGCUAGAGAAAUUUCUAAGUCAAAAUCCUAGUUUAGCAACUCCAACCCCCAACGGAUAUACAUUCCCCAAAUCGGUUACUGAGGAGCAGAUGAUGUACGCGAAGGGGUUCGAGGUCGCCCUGGAGCAGAUGAAGCAGGCAGAUUCAACAGUAGUUAUCAGUGAGGCCUCGGUAGCUGCAGCAAAUACCUUGGCUUGUCUUAAUGUAGCAGUGACACAUAACAACCCUCCUCCCUCUUCCUCUAAAGUUAUUAAACAGGACAAUCUCCCUCUCUCCCUCCCCCCUGCCCCUAGACCUGACUCUAGACCUAACUCAGGAGCAUCAGGGUCCUUUGACUCCUCUGACAGUUAUAUUCACGUAAAGGACGAACCAGACGACCAGUCCCUCUCCGGAGGAGAAUAUUCAAACCUUAUGUCUCCCAACUCCAACUCCGGAGUUAGUCCUAUAGAUAUGGACGCCCAGGAGAGAAUAAAACUAGAACGGAAACGAAUGCGAAAUCGUCUGGCCGCGUCUAAAUGCCGAAAACGGAAGUUAGAACGAAUAUCCCAACUGGAUGAUAGAGUUAAGCAAUUAAAGACUGAGAACUCUGAUCUAGCCGCGGUGGUGAAGAAGAUGAAGUCCAGCGUAGCUCUGCUUAAGCAGGAGGUUAUAGAGCACGUGAGUAGUGGAUGUGAGAUCAAGAUGAUGUCUGAGACCUCCUCUUCCUUCUCAUGAGAAAUUUAGUACAAAGUUUGCUAGUGACAGUAAACCCGAGUGAAAACUUAAAAUGCUUGUUUGCCAAACGUUCAAAUGUAACUUGAAUCAAGUAAUAUUUAUGAAAAUAGAGAUUUAUUUUGUUUA